UUCCUCGUUCUCUGGCGCAGGGCCCCCAGCUGGGGCAGUCCCGCAGCCGAGUGCAGCCAGGCGCGCGCCGCCGCCCACUCGCCCUGUGCCCGCUACAGCCCGAAAGUAACCCGGGCUGGGAGCUGAGGGGACAGCGGGGAUCGUGGGCUCUUAACCCGGAGAGAGCAGGCGUGUCCGCAGCCGGAAGACCACCUGGAGGACAUGGAGGAAAGAGCCUCAGAGACCAACUCCAAUGUUGACAGCUCAGCACAGCCUUCGGUGGCCCAGCUGGCCGGGCGGUUUCGGGAGCAAGCAGCGGUGGCCAGGGAGACACCAGCCAGUAAGCCAACCAGAAGGAAACCACCCUGCUCCCUCCCCCUGUUCCCCCCCAAGGUAGAGCUGGGCCAGAACGGUGAGGAGAAAUCACCAUCCAACGCCAGCCAACCACCUAAAAUCAAGGUGAAGAGCUCACCUCUGAUUGAGAAGCUUCAGGCCAGCUUAGCCUUUGACCCGGCAGCUCUCCUGCCUGGGGCUUCACCCAAAAGUCCUGGACUCAAGGCCAUGGUAUCUCCAUUUCACAGUCCCCCUUCCACACCCAGCAGCCCUGGUAUCCGAUCGCAGCUGGGAGAGGCAGAGGAGGUGCCUGUGAGCUUUGACCAGCCUCCUGAAGGAGCUCACCUGCCCUCUUACAAUAAGGUGCGAACUAGAGGCUCAAUAAAAAGACGCCCUCCCUCGCGGAGAUUCCGAAGGUCCCAGUCGGACUGUGGGGAUCUUAGAGAUUACAGGGCUGUGGAACCAUCUCAGGAAAACGGUGCCAGGGAGGAAAAUGGAGAUGAUGUGUUUCCUAGCAAGAGCAAGGACCCCGGGUCUCCCCAACCCAACCAGGAGGCCAUGGUGGACGGGGUGGAGGGAACCUCGCCGUCUGCAGACAACCCACGGAGGAGGAACAGGUGCAACAGUGCGGAGAAGCCAGAGGAGCUGUUCGGGACCCCAGAGGAGGCGACUGCUGGAGAGAAGGCUGGACAGAAUCCAGACCCAGCUAGUCAGGGCCAUCCAGAGGUCCAGGAGCCAUCGCGAACCUGCAGCCGAGAGGCUGAGAAUGGGUGUGGAAGCCCACAGGAAGAGACAGCGCCCGGAGAACCUACAGACCCUGGGAAGGCCGCUGAAGGGAUGGCCUCUGAGGAGAGGGCAGCUGAUGAAGAGGGCAGGCUCGGACAGAAAAGCCCAGAUGCAAAUGUACCCGAGGAGGAAGCUGUCAGGGAGAAGGCUCCCCAAACUACUUCGGGAACAGCAGAAGGCACCACUAUCGCAGAGCAGAGGGAGGAGGCGCCUCUGGAGCCAAGCCGCAGCUCAGGGGCCAACGAUGCUGAUGCUGCAGGAGGGAGCACCGCCGAGAUCCAGAAUGAGAACACAGUCUCCAUGGACAACAUCCCCAUCGAGGAUACACGAAUGUGAUGAAGGGCUCAGGGUACCAGUGAUGGGGCCACUGGAGACAUCUCCUUGGAAACAGCAGCAGUAAUAGCAGCAGGGGCAGUGCAUGAAGCCGCUGCAGAAGCAGACAGAACACACGGAGCAUCUGGAGAUAGCCCAGGAUGCGGGGCGGAUUGUCCCCUGUAGGCUGCACCAGCUGUCUCCUCACUGGAGACAAGGGCUGAGGACAGUAGAGUUUCAUCAACUUGAGUUGGUGUCGUCUGGUGCACAGACUCAAAGUUAUAUCUAUUUAAAGCAAUUUGAUGUGGUGUCUGCUCCGCGGCAAUCCGGGUGGGUCUUCCUGUUGACCCCCACGCCUUCCUACAGCUGACCUCCCAAACUAGGUUCUUGUAACUUGUGUAAAGUUACGGCCUUUUUCUAUUGUUCUAACGUUUUUAUGGUUCUCAGAUAUAACUUAAAACUAAUUUUAGGUAGAUAAAGAAGAUAGUCUUAUGGAGAGUAAAAUCCUCUAAGUUACAGAGACCUGAAAACACAUCAAAGUCUUCAUGAGGGUCUUUCUGCUUGCUCCAAAUGGGAAACAGCCGACCAGUUUCAAAAACUCAAAGAGAUAUUUAUUAAAACAUUUAAAAACAUUUUCCUGUCCAUUCCAAGGGCAGGAGCUUUCCCUGUCCCACACAGCCUGGCUGAUGAGAACAAGGGAGGUGACUGGUCCAUCUCAUGCUAUCCCAAGGAGAGGCAGGACAUCAGACAUUGUGGCUUUGGGCUUCAUCCCCGCCCUGCCCCCCCACCCCCCACCCCCGAAAGUGAACAGUAUGCCUGCCUUGCUCCAAAAAUGAGUCGUACUCUCCUACAAGGUCACACUUGAACAGGAAACUGGCUGACCUCUGGGACUGGUGUUGAGUGUCCACAGUACAACUUACCUUCUGAGAACAUCCCUCUUAGCUUCUCUAUGAAGCUUUUGUUUGCUUUUGCUUUUUUUUUUAAAUCUCACCAUGUAGCCUUCUAUGUAGCCCAGGCUGGUUGUGAACUAGCGAUCCCCCUGCCUCUGCCUCUGGAUUGUAGAAAUGCAUCAUCGUGCCUGGCUCUCAGUAAGCAUUUCUCAAAUCCAACACCAGGUUCUUCUCCCAGACUAGGAGGCAUGCGCUGGAGGUCUUCAGCCUGUUUCCAUCAGGAACUCCUGCUUAGUAUCCUGUCUGGGGAUAAAGCAGGGUUUGCAGGGAUGAGGCUCGGUCAGAUAUCCAUUCCUUCGAUCACCUCCCUCCCCCGUGAACUCCUGCUGAAGAAAUGUUAACCUGAAUAAAAUGAUGAAUUCAAUA